GGACCAGCUGGAGGAGUCCCAGGCCGUGGUCCGAGCCCGCAAGGGGCUCGCCGCUCUCCGCCGCCUCAAGUACGACGAGGAUCACCCGCUGGUCGUCGCAGCCGCUCGGGAGGUCCAGCUCCUGGGGGCCGAGGAGCGGAAGACGCGCCCGCCUGAGGAUGUGCUGCGCAGCGCCCAGGAUCGCCUCGCCCUCAAGUCGAAGGAGAAGCUCGACGUGGACACGCAGCUGGCCGAGGCGGAGGAGCGCGUGGCUACCUUGCGCCAGAAGGCCAGCGCCUUGUCGGAGGACGUGGAGUCGCUGCAGAAGGAGGUCCUGGAGGCGCGGAAGGCGGUCACCAUCGCCACGGCAGGGUACCAGGGCAUGGACCUCGCGGCCGUGGCGACCAACCUGCUCAACCUCCAGACGCUCAUUAACAACGCAGAGGGCUCGGUUGCGUCGGGCCAGGGCUUGCAGCUGCUGCAGUCGAUCCACGCCGAGGUGCAGGCCAUGGGGGUGGCCUUCCCUGCCUCGCGGGCCGCGGCCUUGGCAGCCGGCGCCGCUGCACCGGGCCCCCCUCCGCCGGGCAGCACUCUGGCUGCUCCGACGGCACCGCUGGGCGGUCCUGCGGCCACAGCUGGCGCGGCGCCGCUGGCGUCGGGGGCCCCCGCAGCGGCCGAGCCGCCCGCGAGGAACGACGUGGUCAUGGGCAGUGCGUCCCCUGCGGACUCGGGGCAGCCGCGGCCAGUGCAGGCCCACCGCAGCCUGAGCUCGCGCAGUUGGGCUAGGCAUCGUGCGCCGCGGAGGGCGCGCAAGAAGCAGAUCACGCUCGCCUCCUUCAACGGCUCCUGCUGGCUCAGCUGUCGGCAGUUCCUGGAGCAGAGCGCGGAAGGCAUCAUGGUCGUG